CCCCAUAGAAACUUUAUCUGAGAAGUCAGAGCCACUGCUGUCGCCAUGACCCAUGGUAACCAGCGUGAAUUCGCCCGCCAGAAGAAUAUGGAAAAGCAGAACGACUCAGUUAAGGGAAAGUACCAAGAUGACAGGAUUUCUGCUGCCUCCCGCAAGCAGAGGGACUCAGAGAUCGUGAAGCAGAAGCAGAAAAAGGAAAAUGAGAAGGAGGAACCCAAGUAGCUUGUAGCUUUGUGUUCAACCCUCUUGCCCUCCACCUGGGUGCCUGGAGCCAGUCCCACCCUGCUCACGUCUCUUAUAGUGCU